AUGGGCGUGGUUAUACCGCUGGUAUCGGUCACUGCAUUCUGGCUUCUAGUCGGUGCUGGCGGACCAUUCUUGGUACCAAAAGGACCUAACAGAGGAAUUAUUCAGACUAUGAUUAUCAUGACAGCCGUCUGCUGCCAUCUCUUCUGGAUCAUGAUUUAUUUGCAUCAGCUGAAUCCUCUCAUCGGGCCACAGAUCAAUGUUAAGACAAUCCGUUGGAUUUCGGAGAAGUGGGGAAACUCUCCGACACUAGUUCCUCAGUAG